CUUUAUGAAGCUCCAGGCACCUGACUGCUCUUCCUCCUUCUCCCCCUAGUUUUUAGCCAGACCCCAAUUCUGCAGGCCCUGCAGCACGUGCAGGCGAGCUGUGACGAAGCCCACAAGAUGAAGUUCAGCGACCUCUUCUCCUUGGCUGAGGAGUAUGAGGACUCGUCCAGCAAGCCGCCCAAGAGCCGGCGGAAGGCCGCUGUGCCCAGCCCCCGAAGCCGGAAGGGCACCACGCAGCCCAACGCCGAGGAGGAGUCGGGCUCCAGCAGCGCCUCCGAGGAAGAGGACACAAAGCCGAAGCCCACGAAGCGGAAACGGAAAGGGUCCUCUGCCGUGGGCUCAGACAGUGACUGAGCCCCAUGCCCCCGCCGGCCAGCCCCUGGCUGGGCUGCCCC